AUGUCCAACUUUAACAACAACGAGCCAUCCAAGCUUUCGGGCAACUACCACUCUAUCAAGGGUACUGCAGUUGAGGCUGUAGGCAACCUUACUGGUGCAACCUCGUGGACCCAGAGUGGUCAGCAAGAGCACGCAGCUGGCGAGGCCGAACUCAAGGCAGCGCAGGCAAAGGGCUACGCUGAGGGUACCGCGGAUCGUCUCGAGGGCAAGAAGGAUGCCAUUGUCGGAGCCGUGACCGGUGACAAGUCCCAACAGGCCUCUGGCAACGCACAGCACGACAAGGGUGUCGCCCAGCAGGAAGUCAACAAGAACUUUUAA